AGUUGUGAUCGACCCAUAUCACUGCCACCUGUUUUCUCUCUCUCUCUCUUUAACUAGCUGCUGCAUCUGCUAUCCAUCCCUACAAGAUUUGAGAAAAAAUGGCUUCCGGAUAUGUUCAUCUUCUUCAAAGUUCGAGAGAUAAUUAAGUAAAUAAGUUCAAAAGUUCAAACCCAGAUCAGAUAAAGGGAAAAAACCAUUAAAAAUGUUCCGGCCGUCAAUUCUAAGGUACUUAAUCUCUUUAAUUUCACUCUACUACUACUUCCAAUCAAUAUCUGUAAACGCCCUUUCGACAUUUUCCUUCUCCAACUUCCAAAAUGCUUCCAAAGUUGAUUUACUUCUAGAUCUACAAGGCCAUGUUCAUAUCGUCAAUGAUGGUUCUUCUUUGCAAAUUAACGAUGGACGGAUCUUAUAUAGGAAACCCAUUAAACUUUUUGAUGAAAGGGUUUCCUUUUCCACUUCAUUCUCAUUUUCAAAAUUUCAUCGGAGUGGUGAUUCAUUAGCUUUUGUUAUGAUCCCGACUGGGUUUCCUCUGAAUAAGAGUCUAGUUGUUGAGCUUAGUAAGCAUGAUCAUCAUAUGAGGAUUCAGAUUCGUACUAGUCAUGUCAAUGUCUCUUUCCCCAAUUUGAAACACCAUAGUGAGAAAUUGAGAGUUUGGAUUGAUUAUCAGGCAGGGUCAAGGCAAUUAGAGAUAAGAUUGGUGUCCAUGAUUGAAGAAAGUAAACCAAUUGAGCCUUUACUGUCUUACACUAUUGAUUUGUUUGAAAUAUGGAAACAAGAAGUAAAGGUGUUUGUUUUUGGGUUAAGUGGUUUAAUGGGUGGAAACUCAAAUUCAUCUAAGGGGGGUUGUAAUAUGUAUUCAUGGAGCUUUGAGAUGAAGAAUGUCCCUCAUUGGAUCCAUUCUGAGCCUGUUGAUCCAAAGGCUCUGUCUAAGAAGGAUGAAACAGAUGAUUUGGUGACUCUUGGAAAGAAACGUGAUUCUCUUUCGAUAGAUCUUGGAGAUUUUAUCUUUGGUAUUGCUUGUGGAGCGAUGGGGGCUUCGAUUGUGUUGUUUUUGUUGAUGAUUAUUGGGAGAAAGUCAAGAGUGGCACAAGAGGAAGAGGAAUGCAUAGAGUUUGAUAAACUCAAAGUGAUUGAAAAUUGUAAGAGAUAAAUCUAGCAGUUUGUUAGGAUUCUUCAGUUUGAUUGCUUGUAAAUCAUCUUCUUUUUUGUUCCUUGUUGUUCAUGUAGUUGUUAGUUUGCAGGCUAAUUAAGAAGGGUGCAUGAUUUUUAGGUGUUUUGUUGAUGAUUAUUAACUAGGGUUGAAAUGUAAAAUGUUUGUCAAUGAUUAUUAUGAUA